GCCCGCCUGGUCACGUGACCCCCUUGGCUGCACCUGCAGCUCUUUGGGCCCCGCCCCCGGCCCGGGCACCAUAAAAGCGCCUGCCCUCCGCUUCUCCGCGGUAAGAAACCUCCCGCCCCGGCGACGCUGGCACCCAGGGUCCGGCCUGCACCGGCCCGGCAGGCCUGGACACUGGUUCAACACCUGUGACUUCACGUGUGCGCGCACCAGCCAUACCUGCAGUCACACCUGUAGCCCCCUCUGCCAAGAGAUCUACACCGAGGCAGCGUCGGUGGCUACAAGCCCUCAGUCCACACCUGUGACCUCCACACCUGUGACACCUGUGACACCUGGCCACACGACCGGUGGCCGCGGCCUGGCGUCUGCAGUGACAGGAGCCCUUACCUCCCGUUGUAACACCUGACCGACACCCAACUGCCCCUGCAGAGGGAGCAAUGGCCUUGGCUCCUGAGAGGGCGGCCCCACGCGUGCUGUUCGGAGAGUGGCUCCUUGGAGAGAUCAGCAGCGGCUGCUAUGAGGGGCUGCAGUGGCUGGACGAGGCCCGCACCUGCUUCCGCGUGCCCUGGAAGCACUUCGCGCGCAAGGACCUGAGCGAGGCUGACGCGCGCAUCUUCAAGGCCUGGGCCGUGGCCCGCGGCAGGUGGCCACCUAGCAGCAGAGGCGGUGACCCGCCGCCCCCCGAGGCUGAGGCUGCGGAGCGCGCCGGCUGGAAAACCAACUUCCGCUGCGCACUGCGCAGCACGCGCCGCUUCGUGAUGCUGCGAGAUAACUCGGGAGACCCGGCCGACCCGCACAAGGUGUAUGCGCUCAGCCUGGAGCCGUGCUGGCGAGGCCCAGGCACGGACCAGACUGAGGCAGAGGCCCCCGCGGCUGUCCGGCCACCGCAGGGCAGGCCCCCAGGGCCAUUCCUGGCACACGGAGAUGCUGGACUCCAAGCUCCAGGCCCCCUCCCUGCCGCAGCUGGUGACGAGGGGGACCUCCUGCUCCAGGCAGUGCAACAGAGCUGCCUGGCGGACCAUCUGCUGACAGCGUCCUGGGCGGCAGAUCCAGUCCCAGCCCAGGCUCCUGGAGAGCGACAAGAGGGUCUUCCCCUGACUGGGGCCUGUGCUGGAGGCCCAGGGUUCCCUGCCGGGGAGCUGUGCACAUGGUCAGUAGAGGCACCCCCCAGCCCCAGGCCCCAGCCCGCGGCCCUAAUGACAGGCGAGGCCACGGCCCCAGAGCCCCCGCACCAGGCGGAGCCGUACCUGGCACCCUCCCCAAGUGCCUGCACUGCGGUGCAAGAGCCCAGCCCAGGGGCACUGGACGUGACCAUCAUGUACAAGGGCCGCACAGUGCUGCAGAAGGUGGUGGGGCACCCGAGCUGCAUGUUCCUGUAUGGCCCCCCAGACCCAGCUGUCCGGGCCACAGACCCCCAGCAGGUAGCAUUCCCCAGCCCUGCUGAGCUCCCCGACCAGAAGCAGCUGCGCUACACGGAGGAACUGCUGCGGCACGUGGCCCCUGGGCUGCAGCUGGAGCUUCGGGGGCCACAGCUGUGGGCCCGGCGCAUGGGCAAGUGCAAGGUGUACUGGGAGGUGGGUGGCCCCCCGGGCUCUGCCAGCCCCUCCACCCCAGCCUGCCUGCUGCCUCGGAACUGCGACACCCCCAUCUUUGACUUCAGAGUCUUCUUCCGAGAGCUGGUGGAAUUCCGGGCACGGCAGCGCCGCGGCUCCCCAUGCUAUACCAUCUACCUGGGCUUCGGGCAGGACCUGUCAGCCAGGAGGCCCAAGGAGAAGAGCCUGGUCCUUGUGAAGCUGGAGCCCUGGCUGUGCCGAGUGCACCUGGAGGGCACGCAACGUGAGGGUGUGUCUUCCCUGGAUAGCAGCAGCCUCAGCCUCUGUCUGUCCAGCACCAACAGCCUCUAUGAUGACAUUGAGUGCUUGCUCAUGGAGCUGGAGCAGCCCGUCUAGAGCCCAGUCUAAUAAAGAGAACUCCAGAACAC